ACUGCCCAUCUCCUUCGACUUCCAAGUUCCAAUAGGAAUGGCCAUCCAGCCUAAACUGCCGUUCACACAACUCUUCCUCUUGAUUCUUUAUUUCCUUGCUGUAGUAGCGGUUCGGCCGGAAUCAUCCCAUGAAAUCAAUCUACAGCCAGCAGACUUUCCCAACGAGCGCCUCUACCGAGCCUACCUUGCCAUCCAGCGUUUCAAGAGCACCAUAACUAGUGACCCCAAUAACAUCACCUCCACCUGGUCCGGCAAUGACAUCUGUGGCGACAAGACAUAUGUCGGCUUCUACUGCGCAACGCCGCCAGGGUUAAAUGAGAAGCUAACAGUUACCGAGGUUAUUCUCAAUGGCUUUGGCCUGCAUGCGCCGAGGUUACAACGCUUCGUCGAUCAGCUUCCUGAUCUGGCGCUUUUCCAUGCGUCCUCCAACAACUUCGGUGGCGAUAUUCCUCACCUCGACAGCCUGCCAUACCUGUUCGAGUUCGGCGUCGCUAAGUACGACCUCCAACCUCUUCAUCCUUCCGGCCGUGUCUACGGGAGUGCAGAGGGAGGCGCUACGGGACAGGGUAAACUUCAGCAGAUUCAGUGCGCAUAUACUUUUCUUAAUUUUACGUUUCACAUCCGAGUUGGCUCCCCGGGAGGAGGAGGCAACAUUCCGGGCGUUACCGAUGCUAAAGCACUUAUCCUGAACUACAACAACAUGUCCGGGAAACUUCCGACCAACAUUGGCUUCUCCAAGUUGAGCUACCUCUCCCUCGCCAACAACAAGCUCACCGGGCCAAUCCCGCCAUCAAUCGCGCGCUUGCAAGACUCCCUCCUCGAGAUGCUCCUCCUCAACAACCAGCUCUCUGGCUGCCUCCCACACGAGCUCGGCAUGCUCACCAAGAGCACCGUCAUCGACGCCGCGAUGAAUCAGCUCACCGGCCCGAUCCCUUCAUCCUUCUCGUGCCUCAGCAGCGUCGAGCAGCUCAACCUGGGCGGGAACCGCCUGUACGGGCAGGUCCCCGACGCGCUCUGCAAGCUCGCCGGACCAGCCGGCCGCCUCUCCAACCUCACGCUGGCGGGCAACUACUUCACGUCGGUCGGGACGGCGUGCUCUGCGCUCAUCAAGGACGGCCUGCUGGACGUGAAGCACAACUGCAUUCCCGGCUUCGCCAACCAGAGGGGCCCGGCGGAGUGCGCCUCGUUCCUGAGCCAGCCCAAGACGUGCCCGGCGGCGAGCGCUCGCGUGGCGUGCCCCGCCGCGGACGCCAAGAUGAACGUGGCGGCGCCGGAGGGGAAGGUGGCUAAGGACUACUCCAGCUACGUUGUGUACGCCACUCUGCAUGAGUGAGGUGGCAGCGCAUGCAGUGGGGACGCGCCCUGCCUAGCUACGUCGUCGGUAUUCGCUCUUGUAUUCUUGUAUGUGUUUGGUGUGCACGUGAUUGCUGUUUGUUUUCUUUGUACGUGUAGCUGUCGGGUCUAGAUCUCGGCUACUGUGUGUGUUGUGCUGCUACGUCAGUUCUGUGGCAGUAAAUUAAUUUGGAUUGUAUCUUGCAUGUUUCAAUUA